AUGCCCGAUACUCAGGACACUGAGGCUGAGAAUAGUGGGCAGCAGACCACAAAUGAAACAAGCCAAGGUGCAGAGCCGCCAGCCAAUUCUCGUUCUUUUGGAAGGCCUGAGAUGUAUUUUCCGACUCAGGGCUUUACUCAACCUCCUGAGAGUGUCGCACAAACUCUGGCACCAUCUUCGGUGCGACCAACACAGCGUAUUCUACCAGGACCAGCACCGGCGCAAUGA